UAUGUUUUUUUCUUUCCUUUCUUCGACUUUUCCCCUCCAUCUCUUUAUCCAUAACCAGACCUUAGGAGUCCUCUGUUUCCUUUCAUGAAUCGGCCGGAUUGUAAGCGUGGAGACUGCGCGUUUUGAAGGAGAUGGUGAAGAGGCGACUCAGAGAGAAAACUGCAGGAUUUUAGAGAGCCCUAGGAGCAGAAGCAGAAGCAACAGGCAUUUCUUGCUGAGAGAUAUGUAUGAUGAUAUGAUGCUGGAUGGAGUACAGCCAACUAGGGAUACAUUCCAUUCUGUCAUCAGUUAGUGGAAAGGUGCUUUCAUGUUUGUUAUCAUGGACUUUCAUUCUUUCUGGAAUUUUCCGUUUGGUUGAUUUUGUUUUGUUGCAGGUGGAUAAGCAAAAUGCUCAUUUCUUUGGUGUUACGAUCAACGAGCAACAAGCCGAGUGUGGUAUUGUAGAAAGAGUUACUUCAAAUGCACAAGGCAAAUUUAAGUUACUUUAUUUCGAGCAAGAUGUGAAUGGCGGUUAUGGUUUGGCCCUACAGAUGGAUAAUUGAUCCUCCUCUGGAUGUCAAUGUACCAUCAAAACACACACCAUGGCCUGAUGCCCCUCCUAAACUCCCUACCAAUGAAAAUGUAGUGUUGGGCAUCCAAGAGCAUGCUGUAAAGCAUCCUACAAAGACCCGCACAUCUAGAUCAAAGAGACGAAGCAAGAGAAAGCAUGACACAAGAACGGUGGACACACAGGUUGCUUCAAAGCAUUCUGAACAAAUUUGAAAAUCUUAGC